CGUGACGCUUUUGCAGCCAGCUGUAGGAGGUUCAGGGAUGGCAGAGGUAAAGAGUUACUUAAAUGGCGUGAAUCUUCCUCACGUAAUGCACUUCAACACUUUAUAUGGCAAGGCUGUUGGGGUAAUAUUUGCGCAAGCUUCAGGAUUGCCUUUGGGAUUCGAAGGUCCCAUUGUCUCUUGUUGCGCGAUUUUAGGUUCUUUGUUUUCGCAAGGCAAAAUUUGGGGCCUUGAGCGUCGACUUUCUUUUGAAGAUUUCCG